GUAAACAAUCCGCGCUCACACUGCACACUUUGUUUUUGCGGGGGUAAAUUGCAAAUAAAAACAUUCAAAGAUUGAACAAGAAGUUGUGCAAAUACAAUGAACCGCUACGCGGUCAGCUCUCUGGUGGGCCAAGGCUCCUUUGGCUGCGUUUACAAGGCGCAGCGGCGCGACGACGACAAAGUGGUGGCCAUCAAAGUCAUUUCCAAGCGCGGCCGAUCGAAUCGAGAGCUAAAGAAUCUGCGCAGGGAGUGCGACAUUCAGGCACGCCUCAAGAAUCCCCACGUCAUCGAGAUGAUCGAGUCCUUCGAGUCGAAGUUUGAUCUGUUUGUGGUCACGGAAUUCGCCCUGAUGGAUCUGCACCGUUACUUGUCCUUCAACGGGGCCAUGCCCGAGGAGCAUGCGCGACGUGUGAUUGGCCACUUGGUCUCGGCGCUGUACUAUCUGCACUCGAAUCGCAUCCUGCACCGCGACCUGAAGCCACAGAACGUCCUACUGGACAAGAACAUGCACGCCAAGCUCUGUGACUUUGGCCUCGCGCGCAACAUGACCCUGGGCACCCACGUGCUGACAUCGAUCAAGGGCACACCGCUGUACAUGGCGCCCGAGCUGCUGGCGGAGCAGCCGUACGACCAUCAGGCGGACAUGUGGUCCCUCGGCUGCAUCGCGUACGAGAGCAUGGCGGGGCAGCCGCCAUUCUGCGCCACCUCCAUCCUGCAUCUGGUGAAGCUGAUCAAGCACGAGGACGUCAAGUGGCCGAGCACGCUGAGCAGCGAGUGCCGCUCCUUUCUGCAGGGACUGCUCGAGAAGGACCCGGGCAUGCGCAUCUCCUGGACCCAGCUGCUCUGCCAUCCCUUUGUCGAGGGCAAGCUCUACAUUGCCGAGGUGCAGCCGGAGGCGGCACAGGCCUCGCCCUUCAUCAACCCCAAAGCGGCCAAGGGGCGUGUCCAGAAGGCCAGCCAGCGGACGGCCGACUUGAACGAUGUGCUGGCGGCCCUGCAGCUGGGUGAGGCGGGCACCAACGAGAACCUGAGCACCUCACGGGACAGCAUCAAUGCCAUUGCGCCCAGCGACAUUGAGCAGCUGGAAACGGAUGCCGAGGACAAUGGUCACCGCGUGCUGGUGCCCUUCGCCGACAUCUCCUUCCGGGACCUGCCGCCCGACGAGUCAGCCUCGGCUGACGCUGGGCCGCUGGUCAACUCGCAGACCUGCUACGUCAGCGGCAACUCCAAUAUGAUACUCAACCAUCAGAACGAUAACUUCCCCGCCGAUGUGCAGGCAGGGGGCGCCAAGGGUGUGGCCGCCAAGCUGAGGGCAGCGCUGAACCUGCGCCAAUCGUCGCGCAGCAAGGAUCUGGAGAAGCGCAAACUCAGCCAGAACUUGGAUAACUUCUCGCUGCGUCUCGGCCAGAGCAUUGACACGGAGACGCAACGCAAGACAACGGAGAUGCUGACCGCGCAGGAGCGCAAGUGCCGCGACAAGGAGCAGCCGCAGCCACAGGCGCAGGCACAGGCACAGCUGAAGCAAUCGCUGCACUCAACCAACGAGGAGAAGCUAAGCAGCGAUAAUACGCCGCCCUGCCUGCUGCCCGGCUGGGACAGCUGCGACGAGUCGCAGAGUCCGCCCAUCGAGAACGACGAGUGGCUGGCAUUCCUGCAUCGCUCCAUACAGGAGCUGAUGGACGGCGAGUUCGACUCGCUGAAGCAGCACAAUCUCGUCAGCAUCAUUGUGGCGCCGCUGCGCAACUCCAAGGCCAUACCCAAGGUGCUGCAGAGUGUCGCGCAGCUGCUCUCGCUGCCCUUUGUACUCGCCGAGCCGCUGAUGCUCGUCGAUCUCGAUCUGAUACGCAAUGUCUAUGUGGAUGUGAAGCUCGUGCCGAACCUCAUGUAUGCCUGCAAGCUGCUGCUCUCCCAUCGCCAGCUCAGCGACUCGGCAGCCUCUGCGCCGCUCUGCACCCUGGGCUCGCUCAGCCGCACAAUGCGCAGCAUACCGGAGCUCAGUGUCGAGGAGAUGGGCACCGCGUGCAGCCUGUACGAGUUGGUCUGCCACUUGGUCCACCAGCAGCAGCAGUUCCUCAGCCAGUUUUGCGAUGCGAUUGCCAUCCUCGCCGUCAACGAUCUCUUUCUCAAUUUCCUCACCCACGAGUUCCAGCACGCGGACUCGGACUCCAGCUCGGUGCGUCUCGCUGGCUGCAUGCUGGCGCUGAUGAGCUGUGUGCUGCGCGAACUGCCCGAGAACGCGGAGCUGGUGGAGCGCAUCGUGUUCAGUCCACGUCUGCGCUUCGCCGCCCUACUCCAGAGCCGGCACCAGCUGUUGCGGCAACGCGCCUGCCAACUGCUGCGUCUGCUCGCCCGCUUCAGCCUGCGCGGUGUGCACUGCAUGUGGGGCGCCGAACUGCGCAGCGCCCUGCAGUCACUCGCCGAGCAGCAGCACUGCCCGGCCGUACGCCUGGAGGCGGCCCAGACCCUCGACGAGCUGAGCCAAUUCAGUUUCUUUGUGGCCUAGCAGCCCACCGCUUUAUUCGCAUCAAUCGGUGGCAGCGACAGCGCCGCUAGCCGAACAGAUCCUGCAGGUUGCCCUGCAAGUAGUCGAGCAGUUCGUCGAUGUAGCCACCGAAGCGGUCGAAAUUGAGCAGCGAGUCCUCGUUGCAGUCCUGCUCGUACAUUUCGUUCAGCUUCGAGAUGUCCUUGUCGGAGAGGCCGCGUCGCUGGCCCAGCGAGGCGUACGGAUCCUGCAGCAGAUAAAAUAGAUAUUAGACAUAAGAAGAUUUAUGCAUCGAGUGAGAGGAGCGAGUGGGCUACUCGCUGCUUUCCAUAGAUUUAAUGCCUGACUCGUUGCUAGUUUGUAGCUUUUGGUUUUAGCAUAAAUCACGUAAGAAUUGAA